AUGCAGCCGGCGCUCUGUCUUUUUGCUGCUGCUGUGCUGCUGAUCAGCGUGCACGCUUACGAUGUUGACCGGCUGUACUCCCGCUAUGCGCAACUCAUUGCAGAGGAGCCAUUGCUGUGUCAGCAGCAGCCGCAGCUCUGCUCCAAUCUCUACCUGCAUCGUAUGGUGCUCCCACGGUUCAGCAAGGUUCCAUCCAAGCGGGCUUAUGACUUUGUGCGCUUCGGUCGCUCGGAUCCGUCGUUGGGAAAGGAGAAGAAGAACAGCUACGAUUACAUCAGAUUCGGCAAGCGAUCCUCACCCUCCGAGCUCCCAGCCCUCGAUCAGGGUUUC